GCUACUCCUCAAAGUUUGCGGAAGUUGUGGGAAGUGAAGUGUCAGGAGAAGAAAACCCUGAGAGAACCGGGCUCGUUGCUUCUGGCUCUGACUCGAAUAGAUGGACCUCAGCUCGGAGAACAUUCUGCGGAUCCUCUCGAAGUACAAAUUCCACGAUGUUGCUGUUGAGGAGCUGCAGAAAAUCCAUCGAAUCUACUCUGGGAUGAAACCUUCCACCGGCACAUACACAUUCAGUGACGGCACCCAGAAAGAUCUCCUGAAACUGGUCGGCAACAUCCCUGUCAAGUAUGAUGGCCGCUCCUACAACUUCCCCAUUCAGCUGUGGCUCAUAGACUCGUUCCCCUUCACUCCUCCCAUCUGCCUCCUGAGGCCGACCCACAACAUGGUGAUCAGAGAGGGCAAGCACGUCGAUGCCAAGGGACGGAUUCAUCUGCCGGGGCUUCACAGCUGGGAUCACCCCAAGUCGUCCGUGGUGGCGCUUCUGAACGAGAUGAUCGCCAAGUUCGAGGAGGAUCCUCCGCUGUCCUCCAAGAGCACAGGAGAAAACAAAGACCCCCACGAGCUCCUGGCCUUCGUCUCCAACCUCCAGAUCAACGAUGGUGGAAGCAGACCUCACGAUCAACAGAUCAACAAAGUCUCGGUUAUCGGGGGAGGAGACUUAGGCGUGGCUUCUGUGAUGAGUAUCUUAGCGAAGUGUAAAGUGGAUAAACUGGUUUUCAUUGAUGUCGCCGAGAGUUCCACAAAGGGAGGGAGCUCAGACCUAGAGAUCUUCAAUCUGCCAAAGGUGGAGAUUUCCAGAGAUGUCUCGGCCUCGGCAGGCUCCAGAGUCGUGGUGGUGACGGCUAACGCGUGGAGCGGCGACCAAUCCUAUUUGAGUUUGGUUCAGACCAACGUGGACUUGUACCGAGGAAUCAUCCCGAACCUGGCACGAGUCAGUCCCAACGGCGUGCUGCUCAUCGCCUCCCAGCCAGUGGACAUCAUGACCCACGUCGCCUGGAGACAGAGUGGCUUACCCCCGACACGGGUGAUCGGCGCAGGGUGCAACCUGGACUCGGAGAGACUAAGUCACAUCCUGGAUAUAAACCUAAAUACCCACAAACAAGCCUGGGUCAUAGGGGAACUGUCAGACAAAAAAGUUGCUGUGAUGAGUAACACUGGGCUGAGCUCCAGCGUGCAGCCGGAGAUCGCCGCGGGUUCGGGCUCCACCAAACCACUGCUGGACAGAGCGUUCGAGCUCAUGAAGAACCGAGGCCAGCGGGCGUGGUCGGCGGGUCUGUCCAUCGCUGACAUCACAAACAGCAUCUUGACGAAUUCAAUGAAGGCCCACUCUGUCUCCACAUUGGCUCAGGGCUGGGGCGGUAUAGGUGCGGAGGUGUUCCUCAGCCUGCCGUGCAUCAUGGGAUCGACCGGCUCCACGCGUCUGGCCGGAGUGUCGCUGGGAAAGGAGGAAGACGAGAAACUCCGAACCAGCAUCACGUCCCUUUCUAAUCUCAUGAGCCAGCUCAGGAUGUGAUGGUCGUUCUGGGAGGAGCUGCUACUCGCACAGGAGUCAAUGAAGUUCUGUCUGAUGUAUCAAUAUGUGCAAUCUAAUAACACUCUUUGUUUUUAUUGUUCUUUGUCUUUGUGUAUUAAAUGUGGGUUCAAAACUGUUUAGGAAUGUACAGAAUGUAUUUUGUAUUGAAUUUACCAGCACUGAGAAGUGACUAAUUUUUAUCAUUGAAAAUGUCUAACUUUACAUGAAUGUACUGUUGUAUAUUUUUUUUAAGCCGUAAAUAGUUUAGAUUUGUGGUUUAAAAAUCAUAUUUUUGUCUCUGAUCACUUUGUAUGAUUAUGUAAUUUAAGCCCUAAUGAAUUGCUCUGGAGAAAAUCAUGGUGUUAGUUAAUAAAGUAAUGAAUAAUAAGGCCAUAAUUUGAAUGGCCUUACUUGUCACCUAAGUGCUUUUCCCCACAUUUAAUCAGCAGAUGAAAAAGCUUUUAAAACGACUUAAAUAUUUAAACAGGCUUUUCUUUAUUAAAUUACUGUGUGUAAAGAGAUUCCACAUCUCAAACCCUAAAAUGUUGACAUGAAGGAAAAUGACAUGAUCUUGUUGGUGUGCAAUAAAAUAAGUAUCUGAC